GCGACCCCUGUAGUCAGCUUACAGGUGCCUGCAGGCUUGUCUGUAAGCUGCCCGAGAGCUGCGUUGUUUUCGGACGCUGUAGCUCUUGGGUGGCUGCAUGGUGAGUCCGCAGUGUGAAAAAAAGUGGUCGGCUGACGGCACACGAGGAGAGCGUGUGUUCGUCUUCGCCCUCCCGAGUCAGCGCAGGGGUGGUAGCGGUGAACUGAGCCUAAAAAUAAUUGGCCAUUCCAGAUUGUGGAGAAAAUAAUAAAAAAUAAUUGGCAACGACUAAAUUUAAAAAAUAAAUAAAUAAAUAAAUAAAUAAAUAAAAUAAAAGUAAAUUGGUGACUUUUUUAUUUCCCCUUAUUUUGCAAUUAAACAAUAACCCUGGUCAAAUGCAUAUGUGUGUCAAUCAUGUGUUAGAAUCCCCAUAUUAACCAGUCCUGAGGAAAGAAGUAAGCGGGUUCACAAUUUUCUUCAGCCGGAGUUGCUGAAUGCAAGUGUGAGCGUUUGUGCGGUUUUGUUGCCUGAAAGCUACACCAUGUAGUUUGCUCAAAAGUACGUAUUGACUAGGCCUAUAUUUUGCUUAAAAGCACAUCAUGCAAAGAGAAUUAAUUUCAAACAAAUGUAAAACUUUCGAUUAGAUAAUCUUUUUUAUAAUAUUUUCAGUAAAUAAUAAAAGAAAUGAAGGGAAGAUACAAGAAAUUAGAUUACAAAGGCACUCCAAAAAAUAAUAAUCCCAUCAUAAUAAUCCAGGUUAUAAGUAUAAAAUGAACAGAAUACAAGUCUAGAGCGGUUAUGCCAAGAUUAUACAAUGCAUUAGUUAGACCCCCACUUAGAAUGCUGUGUGCAGUUUUGGUCGCCUCACUACAAAAAAGACACCAUUGCACUCGAGAAUGUACAGAGAAGGGCAGCUAGGCUGAUCCCAGGACUUAAUGACAUGAGCUAUGAGGACAGGCUAAAGAAUGAUGUCUCUUCAGCCUGGAAAAAAGAAGGGAAAGAGGGGACUUGAUUGGUCUAUAAAAUCAUAAGUGUAGAUAAAGUUAACCCAAGACACUACUUCAAAUUUAGCAAAGAAAGUAGGAAAAGGGCCUACGUGGAAGCUGAGUAAACGUAAGUUUAGAACAGAAGGUAGGAAGCACUUUUGUACGCAGAGUUAUCAAUGUAUGGAAUAGCCUAACAGGUGACGUAGUAGGAUCUAAAACACUCGGAACAUUAAAAAAAAAAAUAAUAAAUUAAAUUCGAUCCCCCAGAAGGGGAGAAUGAUGUGCUAACAAGGGACCAGCCUUGAUGGGCCAAAUGGUGUGCUGUUUUUACUGUCUUAACUGCACAGCGUCGCCUCGGCAACAAAAUAUAUUAAUGACAAGGGGGCAGGGGAUUUUCAGAAUGCCUUAAAUAACAAGAAAAAAGUUGAGCUUUUUUUCUUAGUUAAACUGAAAACAAGAUGGCCACCUCACAAACAAAGAUUUUUUUCUGACGAAAGAAGAGUGGUCCCUCGUGAAAGAAUCUUUUGUCGUGAGGCCAAUUCUUUUGUGCUGAAACAUCUAACUUGAAAAGCUGUAUUGAGCAUGCUCAAAUCCCAACAUUUUAUAUCCAUAUACAGUUGCUACCCCUCCACAAAAAACAAAGAAUGCACAAUUUUCUCUGAAAUAACUUGAAACUGACAAAAGUAAUUGGCAUCCACCAUUGUUUAUUCCAUAUUUAAUAGAAAUCAGACUUUGCUUUUGAUUUUUUAUUCAACAUAUUGUAAAUAAUAAAACAAAUGAAAAUUAAGCAAUAAUUAAUCUCUUUUCACAGCUUCUUUGCUUUAUUCUAUGACAUACCAAAGGCAUGCAAGUAUACAUGAUAAAAUAGCUUUUAAUUUCAUCACUUUUCAGGAGGAAUGAAGCAUUAUUUCAAUGAGCUGUAAGGGUACCAACAAAUUUGAGCACGUCUGUAACUCAUGAACGGAUAAAUAUUAUUUCACCAAACCAGCGAAAGGAAAUAUUCUGGGCCAGUACCAAUUACCUUUGGGUAAUUCUGAUGUGACAUUUGUACCCUGUGUUGAUUUCUUAUGUAGUGAUUUGAAUGUCUUUUUCUGCAUAGGUUGAGCUCCAAUUCACUUCAUUUGGGGCCCCAACAAGAACAAAUUUGACCUAACUAAUGAGAUUUAGUUAUUUCCAGUAACCGUUCAUGUGGUUUGUUUUAACAUAUUGGAUGUUUCCUUUUAUGCUUUAUAACCUGGACAUUUCAGCUGGAUAAAUAAAAGUGAUCUUCAAAUGAUUUGACAAAUGUUCACAGUUGUGGUAACUAGCUACUUAAGUAAUAUGCUACUGUAAUAAUAUUACUUUUGUCAAUAACUAGGUAAUAUAAUGGGUUAGAUUUUUAAUGGGAGUUACUUUCCGCAAAAAAGAAACACGUUCGUCCGAUUACCUUUUCUGUGUUGUACACUUACAUUAGUGGUCUUCUUUUUGAACCUGGAUGCGACAGACUGCUCUAAUGUCGGUGCCUCAGCACAGAUGAUGCUAUCUCUCUUGUGGGAUGUCUCACAGCAGUAAGAAGCCAUGGGGCAGUUUUUCUGAGCCAUGUAUUGGAAUAAGGCUAGGCACUAGGAUGAAAACAAAAUGUGUAUCCCUACUGGCCAAAUUUGAUGAUACACUUCAAAAAUGCCAUACGUCUACCACCGCAUAUUUUGAAGUUUAAUACUGGGACAAGAUCGAUAGGAGUGCGUACUUGACUGUACGUACCAUUUAUUUUUAUUUAUUUAUUUAUUUAUUUAUUUAAAUAAAGUGGCGCAUCCAGUAAAGGUCCUGCACCCUAUAGCUUUGAGAUCACCAGUUCGAAUCCAAGCUAUGCCACUGCUGACCGUGGACGGGAGUUCCCAGGGGGCGGCGCACAAUUGCUGCCUGGGCAGGGAGGGGUUACGUCGGCUGGGGAUUCCUUGGCUCACCGCACAACAGCGACCCCUGUGGCUGACCAGGAGCCUGCAGGCUUGCCUGAUGUAAUUCAGAACUACGUGGUCCUCUGACGUUGUAAGUUCUGAGAUGGCUGCACGGCGGACUUGCAGAGCGAAAAAAAGUGGAUGGCUGACGGCACUCAUUUCGGAGGACUUGUGUGAUUAUCUUCGUCUCUUUCGAGUUAAUGCUGGUUGCAGCGGUGAGCCAGGUUAAAUAAUAGGAAAUAUACAGAUGACAACCCCUGUGACUGAUGAUUGGCUCUAACCAUGUCUCUGCACAGAAGUAAACUUCUCGCAGUGCUACUCCUUUCACAGGCCCUAUGCCUCAUACAAAGCUUUGAAGAACCAAUUCCUGAGGAAUGGACCCUGCUUCAUGUGGUGCAAGGCCAUGUUGGUGGAGGUAACUACAGCUAUCUAAGGCUUAACCAUAGCGGAAAAAUCAUACUUUACAUGCAGUCUCUUAAAGGUGAUGCUGACUUGUAUGUUUCUGACAAAACCUUACACCCCAGCUUUGACAGCUAUAAACUCCACUCAGCAACCUGUGGCCAAGAUGUUGUAGUUGUGCCAGUGGAAUUUCUGCGACCUGUGGGAAUAGGCAUUUAUGGGCAUCCAUCUUAUCAAGAAAGUAGUUUUGAAAUGAAAGUCUACUAUGAUUGGACAGUUGAAGAGUCUUCUUACUUUGCUGAAGACAUGGAGAGACAUGAGAGGCACAGUCAGUCCUCCGAAGAGGAACUUCAGGAUGAAGAGACAGUAAUUUGGACUAUUCUAAUUGGAAUUCUUAAACUAAUACUUGAAAUAUUGUUUUAGUAAUGUCUAAAAUGAAUGUAUGCUGAAAAAACAAUGCAAACCUAUACAGCUAAUUAAGACAUUCCUUGUAAAUGGAUCAGUUUACAGGAGGAAACAACAAAAUAAAGAAACUUUGUUUUCUAAAGGUUUUUUUUUUCCCAAAAAAAAUGUAAAUAAAAAAAAAUCAGAGUGUAUUUAAGAAGGCUCAGAAGUUAAUCAGGGCUGCACACCUAUUUUGCAUUACAGACUGUGUAAGUAAGACCCAACUAAGAAAGCAUGUGGCAUGGUCUCAACAGGCAGUGUUUCUGUGAUAUGCUUACAUAAUUGUAUCUAGUCUGACAUAAUUGCAUGUUUCCAAGGAUACUACUGCACAGAAAAGCGAGUAAACAGCUGUCUGUACUUGCUUAAAUUUAAAAUACUGAGAGGUAGACUAACAGCAUGAAAUGGCAACAAAUUAAACAUAAUACAAAAAUGAUUACAAAUAAAAUAACAAGCAUGUUAGUGCUUGUUAUUUUCCCCCAUCCCAGCUGAAAAUUCUAAAUAAGAUUUAGUUUAGUUUAUUCACUUUGUGCACAGAGCCAGCACAGGUACAAUCUCAAUAGUGCAGUACAAAUGCAAAGAGAAAUGUAAGUAGAUCAUACUCAGUAAUAAACAAUACAACAAUUACUAUACAUCCAAAGUAAUAUCAAUAAAAAAAUACACACACACACAUUAUAUAUAUAUAUAUAUAUAUAUAUAUAUAUAUAUAUAUAUACACACACACACGUACAAAUACAUAUAAAUAUAUUGAAACAUCUGGAAGGGCAUUCCAGAACCCCAAGGCUGUGUCGUUCCCCUGUUUUUUGUAUUUUUAAUUGUUUUAUAUAAUGUAGUGUCAUUUGCAAACAUAAUCAUACUGGUACAUUCUAAAAAUGUAUAGUUGCCAAAUCAUUAACAUACAAAUUAAAUAACAAACAAAGGACCCAAAACAGACCCCUGAAGAACACUAGAUAUCACUGGUAACUUAGAAGAAAGUUGUCACUGGACAGCAACACUUUGCCAUCGCCCCGUAAGAAGAAGAAAACCAGCUCAAAAUGCCUUCACCAAACCCGUAUUUAAAAAUCUGGUUAAAAGAAAGGUAUUUAUCACAAAAGCUGUACACGAUCCUCUCCAGAACCUUAGAGACAAUAGGAAAAGGGAAAUUGGCCUAUAAUUAGAAACCAAUCCUGAAUCACUUCCUUGUGAAUCGGAAUGACCCAUGAGUGUUUCCAUUGUGGAAGAACCACUGCCUGACUCGGAGCAAUGGUUUGAGCAGUGCACCUAAGCAUUGUAGCAGAGAUCUGGGCCAGUAGAUCAGAAACGGGAUGUCUGGUCACCUGAAGUUCAGCACACGCAACUUGCAAAUAUUGUUGCAAAGUUACCGAUCUCUGAUUUGUAGAAGAAAAAAAAAUCAUCAUCUGGCAUAAUUAGGAAUUCUGUUCAAAAUAAUAAGAAAAAAAAAACUAUAACAAUAAUCACAUUUCAACUUCUAUCUAUUUACAUUUAGUUUUAUUUACAUGUUUAUUUACACAAAUAAAACAGAACAACAUAACACAUUCAGAACAAAAAUGAUGAGGGUAAUGGUAAAUAUUACUAAUACAACCCUAUAUAUACAUAUUUAAGAAUAAAGUUUAUUUUAUUAUAUUGAAAAAAAAUGCUGUUCAAUUAUGUGGCCACUAAAAAACACCAAUAAACUUUUUGAUAGGA